AUGCACACCUCAAAUUUGGGCGGAAAAGUGGCCGCCGUGGCGUCUUGCAAGGAGCUUGAGAGCUCUUGGACUUCUCCUCUCUUCUUCUCCUCGCCUUCAGGAGAAGACGAGAGGGCGGGAGGCAAAAGCCAGGGAGGUCACCACGUCCCGCGUUCGCGCGCCCGUGACCAAUGUCGCAUGCCUUCGCAAUGUAGGCGCGUGGGUACCUCGGGUGAAAACAAUGCUGAGAUGUACCGUAAGCAAGGCACCAUUCAGCAUCUAGCCUCUUUUCUCACGCGGCGCCCGACAAGCAGCGCCACCUCUUCCAACGAAGAGCAGCAGGCACCUGCACCGGCACCAGCUCCCUCCGGAUCAGACACAGGAGGUGGUCAAUCCCAAGCGGCGCAAGGGAGGGAAGGCGGGGGGGAAGGGGGAGGACAAGGGGGGGAGGACAAGGGGAAGCCGCAACAACGCUUUGGCAUGAAUGGAGGCCCGCAAAGCAGCGCCGAAGAAAAAGGCGAAAUUCCGGGAGUAGGACCCACCAGACACAUUUAUACUGGGCAAGAUGGGAAGCGUAUGGAGAUAAGGGAGGUUUGGCUGGAGAACCUCGACAAAGAGAUGGUGGCUGUUCGCGAAGUGGUGGAGCAAUACCCGUACGUGGCGAUGGACACCGAGUUCCCGGGCGUGGUGGCGCGACCGGUGGGGGACGUAUCGGCGUCAGACUACCAGUACAAGACGCUCAAGUGCAACGUGGACCUGCUGAAGAUCAUCCAGCUCGGACUUUCCUUCGCCGACUCGGACGGCAACAGCCCCCCUGAGUGCCCUACCUGGCAAUUCAACUUCCGUUUCUCCCUAUCCGACGACAUCUACGCGGAGGACUCGAUCGAGCUUCUUAAGCAGAGCGGGAUCGACUUCUCGAAGCACGAGUCCCACGGUAUCGAUGUCUUCCGCUUUGGCGAGCUCCUCAUGACCAGCGGCUUGGUGCUGAUGGACGAGGUGCGGUGGAUCUCGUUCCACUCCGGGUAUGAUUUCGGAUACCUGCUCAAGGUCUUGACCUGCGCUGCCUUGCCCUCGGACGAGAACGGGUUUUUUGACCUCCUGCGUACCUAUUUCCCGUGCUUUUACGACAUCAAGUAUCUGAUGACGGCCUGCCAGGGGCUCCAUGGCGGCUUGCAAAGAAUCGCCGAGGAGCUCUCAGUGGCCCGCGUGGGGCCCAUGCACCAAGCAGGCAGUGACUCCCUCCUGACGGCUCAAACCUUUUUCCGUCUCUGCGCAGUAUCUUUCGAUGGCCUCAACAAUCUCAGCGAUGAGAAAUUCAAGGGAGAGCUCUUUGGACUGGGUCAUAACCACACGGUCUACCGGAGCAAAAUGCAGAAUACCAAUCGCCAUGGCCACGGAGGUCUUGAGAGACAGCGAGAAGUCCCCCCUCUUACCGACAGUGGCGACAGUGUAAGCACUUCCCAGUCUAUCAGCUCAACAUCAGGACCGCGACGCGUAGGUACAGAAGCUGCUGCUACCUCGCCUUCUGCUGGAACCGGGACAGGGGGCAAUGGGGACGCAAAUGCGAUGUCCGACUAAGAUAUGAUUUCCUACGAAUUCUUGUUUCCAGAAAAUGUGCAAACAAAAGGCGUAUGUACAGAAUGAGAGGAGAGAUUUGGAAAGAAAUACUCGGAGGAAAGCGAUUUGAAAGCAGCGCUAGAGCCGCCAAAGAAAGGACUCCUCGUCAUUCUGCCUGCAACACUCACAAAUAUUG